AUGACGAGGUUUUACUCAGAUAAAAAGUCAAUAAAAAUACGAUUUCGUCAGGGUAUUCGACAUUGUCAUCAAAGUGAAUCGAACGCAGAUCAUUCACAACAGAUAGUUUUCAGUAAACCCAUCAUCGCUAUCAACCCAUCAACACGCGCGAACAAGCUACACACGGGCUCCGAUGUUCAUCCAACAAAUUCUUCUAAUGACUAUUGUACAUUUCUGACGUCGAGACAACUCGUCGAUUUGAUUUCGACGAAUUCGUCGGCGCUUGAAAGGAAAUCUCUACCGGUGAUUAUCGAUUGCCGUUCGCAAUUUGAUUACGGUGUUGAACGUAUUAUUUCCUCACAUAAUAUCAAUUGUCGAGCGAAGCUUUUAACAAGAAAACUAUCGUCGAAACCUUUAGAAGAGAUUGAAUCCAAUUUAGCUCUAUCAUUAAAACAUGCCGAUAGUGUUCUUCUUUACGAUCAAUCAAUAGAUGUGCCAAGUGAAGAGAAAAUACGUUCAUCACCGUUGAAUCUCGUUAUUCAAGCGGCGAAGAAGUCCAAUAAAAAAGUUUUUGUCCUUCAAGGUCGUUUUGAUGCAAUCAAAUCUCAAUAUCCACAAAUAAUUCAAAGGACAGACCAUUCGCCGGAAGAUACAUCUGAUGGUCAUGUUCCAUCAACACCAGAUACUUUGGAUAAAGAAAACUUCACUAUGACGCAAAUCGUGCCUCAUAUUUUCGUGGAAGGACAAAGUCAACAAAGUUGUCAUGGAAUUCAAAUCAAACUCAGCGUACUGAAUUUAAAGAUUAGAUUUGUUCGAAAUAUGCUUGAUUCACAAAAUCUCGAUCGCUUAAAUCAAAAUCGCAUCACACAUAUCAUCAAUUGCACACCCGAUUUACCAUGUAAAUGGGAAGGAAAAUAUAAAUACCUUCGCGUAGACGUUCUGGACUUGCCGUCUCAAAACAUUCGAAAACAUUUCGAAGACGUUUUUCAAUUCAUUGAUAAAGCUUUACGUGAUAAAUCGAGUAAUAUUCUUGUACAUUGCUCUGCUGGAAUCAGUCGAAGUCCGACACUAGUACUCGCUUAUAUGAUCAAAAAAGAUCGCAUGCAAUUAGACGAUGCAUUUACUGCAAUGCGUCAACUACGGCCAAUAGUUGAUCCGAAUAUCAGCUUUAUACUUCAGUUACAAGACUGGGAAAAGAAAUGUUUAUCCGCGACAAGUACGACCGAGUCGAAUGAAGUUCAUUCUCGACCGACAUCGAGCUCAUACUGUGGUUCGACAUCCAAAAGUAAAACACUCGCCGAUUCAGCUAUUAUUGUUCAAUAG